AACGAGUUAAAGACAAGUGGAGAAUAAUAAGAAAAUGUUAGCAAUGUAUGGUUCCUCUUCUCCAGAAUAAAACUAGUUGCAUGAUCAUUGUCAUAAUAAUAUGAUAAUAUUCUACUUUUACAUGUAGGUCUUACAUGGCUUGUAUAUAUAUUUUUGGAUACUGCUCAUUCUGCUCCAUGCACAAGUGUGGUUGAAUUAUGCUGUAAAUAUAUUUAGUUAAGUUUAGUUAAUCUUUAACACAUGCUUGAAUAACGGAUGGUAUUUAACAUUAUUCAGAUAGUAUCAUUCUUUUUUCGCAUCCCUAUAUAUUAUUAGAGCAGCGUUUUGUUUGGACAGUAGAUCGUUUGGGACACAUGAAUGAAGUGAGACUUUGUUGCUCAGCGCUGUGACGAUCAGAGCUACAGCCAAUGGGAGAGCGACAUUCAACCUAGCGCCACGCCCACUUGAAUACAUGAGCCAAUGAGAGGCGGCGAGUGGUUUUUAAACAUCAGCACACUCCACUCCACGGCGUACUGGUUUAGUCCCCAUUGUUGCAGAAGUAGUGACUCAAGAAAGUGAGGAGCUCGCGGACUGCGUCCUAAAUUUUUAUUCUGUGAACUGACAUGGCAAAAGGGAAGAAAAGUGUGCUGAAAACCAACAAAAAGCCCGACGACACCGUUGCACCCAAAAUUGCCUCAAAUAAGGACACGAAGGAAAACAAACCAACAAAAAACACGGAUUGCGUAGGUCCAGAGCAGUCAACUUUACAAAGUCUUUGGAGUCCAAGCAAACCUAGAUCCCCCCUAAGCGACAAUUCAAGCAUGCUGAUCCAGAAGGGAAAUGAAUCGGAUCCAGCUAAUGCAAUCACUUCAAAGUUAAAAAAAGAUUCACCUAAUGAAAUACAAUCUGGGAGUUGUGGGUCCAAGGAGCAGAAGCGUGACAUGGCUUGCCCCAGUCAAGUGAGCAGAAAACAAUCCACUGACCAGCUUGAGCAAAAAGAGCCCACCACGCACACAAGUGCAAAGUCUGCAGCAGACAAAGUUUCAGAGAAACCUCAGAGUAGAACCGGUCGCAAACGCCGAGCAAAAAAGACAGAGAAUCAAGCUCUCCAAAACAGAAAGGUCACCGACUAUUAUCCCAUCAGGCGAAGUAACAGAAAAACCAAGGCAGAGUUAAAGAGUGAAGAACACCAACACAUUGAUGACCUGAUAAAGAACAACAUUGAAGAAGGAUUGCAGAUCAAACACAUAGAAGGAAAAGGAAGAGGGGUAUUUGCUUCCAAAAUGUUUAAAAGGGGAGAGUUUGUCGUGGAAUACCACGGAGACCUGCUGGAACUAGCUGAGGCUAAGAUAAGGGAGGCCCAGUACACGCAGGAUCCCCAAAAAGGCUGUUACAUGUACUACUUUCAGUAUCAAGCCAAGACAUACUGUGUGGACGCUACAGAGGAAACCAGCAGACUUGGAAGACUGCUCAACCACAGUAAAACGGGAAACUGUCAAACUAGGCUUCACGCCAUCGAUGGAACCCCUCAUCUCAUCCUGGUGGCUUCCAGAGACAUCGAGGCAGAGGAGGAGCUGCUGUACGACUACGGGGAUCGGAGCAAAGCCUCAGUCCAGGCUCACCCGUGGCUCAAAUACUGAAUGCAGGAAAUACUGUUUAUAUUUCAGAUUAAUCGGUGCUCCCUUCUGUCCUCUUCAGCUUAAUGUAUAGAUGUACAGACAUCCACAGGAUUUGUUUUUAUGAAAUAAGAAAGUUAUCAUUUUAAAUGAGGACGAUCAACUUGUGUGUAAUUUUUGAAUUUUUUUUUUUCUUCCUCAAUCUAAUCGUAGCAGACUGACACAAACUUGAAAAGUAUUUCUCUUGCAUAAACGGGGUCUUUCACAUUGUAAUGAAAAUAAUUAACAAUUGAUUUUCACAUUAUAAAUUAUUACUUGUGCUGUAAAUUAAGGAAUAAAAUGGUCUUCAUUCCAGCUA